AAAUUGGGAGCCGGAGGGGGUCCUUUUUGUCAAUUUUCUCUAUUGCCUCCGUCUUAAACCCCUUGUUUAGGGUUUUAUGGCACAGCGACGACGAACUGAAAUUAGAUCCAAAUAUCUGUUUAUUUGGGAUUUGGAAAGCUUCUCUCGCUCUUCAUUCACCUUUGAACCCUCAAUCCGACUCUUUUCUCCUCGUUUGAUUUUGCAUUAAUCUCUAUAAGCCCGAAAAGUUAUCAAGGUACGUUCACGAUUCCCUUCCGAAACAUUUUUUCUGAAUUUCUAAGCUAUUCUUCAAUGAAUUUGAUCCCAAAGCUUGAAAUCGCGAUUGGCCCAGAAAAUUGUUAGACGAAAAAUUGUAUUUGCAGUCAUUCUUUCACUUUUUGUAUUGGCCUUUGUUCGUUUUUGGUGUUCGUUGUAAUGGUCUCUGGUCUCUGUUCAUCCCUUAGAUCUUUCUCUCUGUCUCGUUUUGGCCUUUCCCAUGCCAAUUCUUCGGAAACACGAACGGGUAUUGAAAUUUUCUAAAAUGAUUACGAAACUCAAUCACUUGCUAUUCUUCGGGCCUGUUGUAUCUGAAAAAAUCACUGUUCAAACUCAUACUCUGUCAUUUAUUAGCUUUAAUCCUCGAUUGUUUUGCAAUUGUGGAUUUGAUUUUCAUCCCAGAGCUUCUCUUAUAGAAUCAGCACAAUCACCCAAUGCAAGUGGCCGAGUGUCUCGGAUUGCUAGAACAGAGGCCCAACAUGUGUUAUUUGACUAUCUGCAUCAUACUAGGAGCCUCAGCUUUACAGAUGCUGAACACAUAAGCCAGAAUUCGCCUCAUUUCCUUCAAAAUUUGCUCAUGAAACUCAAUAGUGAAAAAGAUGUGGCUCGGUGUCUCGCCAAGUAUCUUAGAUACAAUCCCAUCAAUGAAUUUGAGCCAUUCCUUGAAAGCUUAGGACUGCCCCCAUCAGAGCUCCCAUUGCUUCUUCCACGACACUUGAUAUAUUUAAGUGAUGACCAUCUUAUGCUUGAAAACUACCAUGCUUUAUGCAAAUACGGUAUCCCGCAGGGCAAGAUGGGUAAAAUGUACAAGGAAGCAAGAGAAGUAUUUUCUUAUGAUUAUGGUGUAUUAGCCUCGAAACUCAGAGCUUAUGAGAAUUUAGGCCUUGGAAAGGGCACAGUUAUUAAGCUUGUUACUUGCUGCCCUUCACUUUUGAUUGGCCAGAUCAGCAUGGAGCUUUUUAAGGUUCUUGAGAAGCUAAAUAGGCUAGGUAUUGAAAAAGAUUGGAUUGGAGGACAUAUAUCUUGUAAAAGUACUUAUUACUGGAACAGAAUGGUUGACACUAUGGACUUUCUAGUUAAAGUAGGUUAUACAGAGAUACAGAUGCACAAUUUGUUUAAAUCAAAUCCCCCAUUACUGCUUGAAGAUUCUGGGAAGAAAAUGUAUGUAUUAUUUGGUCGAUUAGUCAAGUUAGGUCUUAAGAUGGACGAAUCUUAUUCGAUGUUUAAACAAAAUCCUGAAAUUUUGUCAGGAAAGUAUAUUAAAAACAUUCUGAAAGCAGUGGAUUUUCUCUUUGAUAUUGGGUUGGGAACAGAGGAUAUUGCGUGUAUAGUAACUCAUAACAUUCUGCUACUUGGUUCAUCCACUCUGAAAGGGCCGAAAACCGUCUGUAAAGAACUUAAAGUUGGGAAAGAAGAUUUAUGUAUGAUCAUUAGAGAUGACCCAUCAAAGCUGUUUACCUUAGCUUCAAAAUCAAAGCUAAAAACCAGUGAGCAGGUUUCUAGCCAAGAUCCGGCGAAGUAUUUGGAGAAGACUGCAUUUCUGCUGAAGUUGGGAUACCUCGAGAACUCAAACGAGAUGGCAAAGGCAUUGAAACAGUUUCGGGGCCGUGGAGAUCAACUACAGGAGAGAUUUGAUUGCCUAGUAAAAGCUGGUUUGGAUUGUAAUGUGGUGACAAGCAUAAUCAGACGAGCUCCCAUGGUUCUAAACCAGAGCAAAGAUGUAAUCGAAGAGAAGAUUGAUUGUUUAAGAAACUGUUUAGGUUAUCCUUUGAAUACAAUAGUGACAUUCCCUGCUUAUUUAUGUUACAACAUGGAAAAAAUCAACACAAGGUUUUCAAUGUAUAGGUGGUUAAGGGACAAGGGAGCUGCAAAGCCUAACUUAUCAUUGAGCACUGUCUUAGCUUGUUCAGAUGCAAAAUUUGUAAAAUAUUUUGUGGAUGUUCAUCCUGAAGGCCCCUCCAUGUGGGAAAGUUUUAACAAACAGGGUCUCCUUAAUCAUAAUUAAACCUUGCCAUCUACUUUUUAGUUCUU